AUGGUGACCUAUAAUGAAGGACGAGUGGGGAUGAAUGACCACAAGCAAUCUUCAAUCUCUACUACAACAACUAAAGGAGGUACAACGUCACCAAGACCAACUAUCUCUGCUACUAAAUGUACGUCACCAAAAGUAGUUGUAAAACCUUCGAGACUGCGAUCUCCUACCAUUUAUACCACGAGCACGAAAAAUCUUGAUCUUCAUCUAGUUGGUGGUGGAGACCACGUAGUACCAAGAAGAACACCUCCUUCUCCUUCUCGUCAUAGGACAAGUUCUCCGCUUCCACCAGGCUCAUUUUCUACUUCCUCCUCAACGUUGGUUCCACCCCGUACUCCGAAACCGAAGUUGCGUGCUGUUACUCCUAGACGAGCUUGCGUGACCUCGCCCGCAGUGCAGAAGGCACUGAAAACCGUAGCGCUAGCUCGUCAAAUGCGCGAGGAUUUCGCAAAAAUUGCAAAGGAACACGAAGAUAUUACCACAGCGAUGAAGGACAGAGGUAGGAGGAGUGGAUCUUCUCUGCAGGAGAGAGAAAGGGCAGUACUAGAGGUAGAGAAAAAGAAGAAGUGUAGUGGGACGAGUAGUCCUCCUAAAAAAGAGGCAGAUCAUUCAACUUUUGCUGUCGUAAAAGUUGUGAACGAAUCGGCAAGAACAAAUUGUGGAGCAGGAAGAACAAGAACAACCACUACAACUGCAGCAAACCGACGCGGUCGAGGAGUUUUACCAUCUACGACAGCAAAGUCCUCAACAACUCCUAGAACUAAUAGAAAAUCAAGAACUGCCGCUAGCCUUCUCCAGCAGCAAGGGUGCGAAGCCUCUAUCUCAAUCUCUCAGCGGGCAAGAAAGAGAGAUACUACUGCAUCUCAAGAUAAUGCUACAGCUACUUCAUCGACUGCGCAGCCGCCAAAUGGAAAUGGAGCCACGCCCACAACGACCACUCCCUUGUCCUCGCAGCGUAGCACGAUUGCUGGACGAGGUCGAUCGUCGGUUUCUAUAGUGCGACGUCAGCUCACUGCGAUGAAGGACAGAGAUUUGCGGAUCAAGUUUCGGAAACUCAGUGUAACCCCAACUGGAUCUAGAGCAGCUUCAAAAGAAAUAUCAGGACGAGAAGCCGCGUCGAAAGAAAUAGCUGAAGACUCAACAUCAGUUUUGGGUGGAGAUGUGCCAGGACGAAAAGCUUCAAAAGAGUUACAACCGGAACCUAGUAGUACUAGUACUGGAGAUGAUUCUGGAAGACCAGCUCCUCGUGAAGAUCAACCAGAGGUGAAGAUGGUUGAUGUCGACGUCCCUUGGAACAAGAAUCGCUUCGCACAUAUCCUGACAGGUUACAAAAACACUUCUUCUGCAGCUGCAACAACUAUUAAAACAGAAAAACAGGGUGAAGAAGACCACACGCGGCCUCCAGCAGUAGAGGAACAUGAUCAGAAGGAUACGGUUAUCAUGAAUGACAACGAACCAAGUAGUCGUAUUACAACGACUGAAGGAGCAUCGAAGAAUGUUGGCAAAGCAGUUGCUGGUGAAUCAAGCAAAACUAUUGACGCGACAAGAAAGCGGAAGCGCUGCCUUGUUGCUAAGGACGAGUUCGCGGCACCGUUAUCGGGCGAUGAGGGGGCUAUACUUGUGCGGGAAACUCCCUCUAGGGCUGGAAAUGAAUCAGGGAUAAACAGCAUUCCCAAGGAUAAGCAAGCUUCCAGUAAUGCUAAUGCUCAUGCAGUUGGUACUAAGACGUCCUCGACCUCGUCAGGGGCAAAUAAGACGAACUACAACAGCCCUUCCGUCAGAAGUACCUCUACAACAAAGAAGCCUGCGGCAACACGCCCGAGUGGGAGUGCUUUUGGUCGUUCUGCGAAGCCUCAUCCUAGACGAUUGGGGAGUGCGCGUGCUAACUGCAUUAGUGAAGCAGGACAAGAGAUAGAUUCAGACAGUCCGAUUUCUACUUCUGCUCAAACAAGAAUCAGUACUACAACUAAUGAAAAUCAUGUUGUAAAUAUUUCCUGUACUAAAAAAGGAGGUCGUCGUGGAACCCGCAGUUCGUGGAGGAGUCCAGCUCCGAGCAGUCCCCUUCAAGCUCGAGGACGUUCACCGACUCAAGUUAGGGGACGUGGAGGUGAAGCUUGCAUUCUCCCUCGACGCAUAAAGAGACCAGCUUCACCUGAAACAUCUACGAGGACAACCCCCAGAACAUCAAAUAUCGAAGACGAAAGUGGAGCCCGGUUUUUCUUAUGAAACAAGAACUACAGGGAAGAUCAGGAUCUUCAUGUCCAGAAAUCUUCAUGUCCAGAGGAUUAAGUUUGAGGAAAAGCAGAAUGAAUGUGUACGUGAUGUUGAAUCCGUAAGAAGCUCCCCCCUUAGCUCCAUGCUACUCCAUGUGAUCCAUGCACUCCAUGCCAUGCGAGGUGCGGAACCUUAUAAAUAAUUGCUCUGAUAUUAUAAUAGCUGAACUCAGGGGUCUGACAGGACGACGAUAGCGCCGGCGCUUAAUUAGUAUUAGCAGAUAGGAGGUGGAGGAUACUUGGGUAUAGUUACCCUUUCCUUUUUUCUAUCUUCCUCUGGUCUCUCUUUUUUCUAGUUAGGUCUGCUCCGCCACAAUUAUAGCUGAACCCAGGAGUGGUUUUGAUUCAUUCCUCAUCUAAUCUGUUGCAUGCCACCACGCACAACCACGACUGCAGUUGUCGGGACGCGCACAAGUAGGGGAGUGCACCUCUUUUCUACGGACUAUCCGGAUGCAGAGAGCAGUACAGCUGAACAAGUAGAGGACCAUCGGCAGGAGGACCAUCGGCAGAAGGAGAUGAGCAUGAACGUUGACGAGAGUGGUAAUACUGAAACAUCUCCUGCACCUUCUCUUGCUGCUAAACCUUCUCCAAAACCGGAAGGUGAAACUACCGCUGUAGUUGUAGACGUUGAAGAAGAUGAACAACUGGCACCAGCAACGAGUUCAAGAACAGCGGACGACGGGGCCAAGGUGCCGACAGCGGACGAUGAGGCCAAGCUGCCACAAGAAGAAUCAAAUUCAAAAAUCAGCGUCCAGGACAAGGAGAAGAACAGUAAAAUAUUCGUUUCAUUUAUCGUUCCAUUUAUCGUGACUUGUUUUUUUUAAGGAUCCUUUAGAUAGAGCAGCUUACUUGCUUCACGAUCUUGUAGUCUCUGAUACUAUCAGAGACGAACGCGAACCUGCUGCAGUAGAUUGGAGCUCUGGCUCUAAUUGACAUACUCUUCUGUUUGAGAAAGUGUAAAGAUUUUGGUCUUCUUCGUUUUCCAGUAUUACUUGCUUCACGAUCGAAUCACUUAAGAAAGUUUCAUUAGCCACGAAUUCCAAUACCGGGCUACUAAUGAAUAUCAAUCAGGUGGCAGCGCCUCUCCCGAGCUCGAUGCUGCACCGCCCGCGCCGGAGGAAAAUCCCAUUCCCAAUAGUGAUGCUGAUAAACCGAGAGCAUCAUCACCAUCAUCAUCAUCGUCGAGCACAUCUACCUCGAAAUUUAAAAAGAAGAAGACAAGAAGCAGUUCUAGUAGCAGAAAGACGAUUAAGGAGUCACACCCUGUGGUGGAUCGCGCACUGUUGAAGACUGACAACGACGAGAGUAUCUCAGUUUCUAUACCGCCUAAAAUUAAGGGAAGGGUAGGUUAAAGGUGCUUUUCUUACCGCUUUUUAUGCCUCUCCUAAGGGGGAAAGGCAUAAAAAGCGGGGUAAGCGAGCACCAAAAACCUACCUCUAAUAAAAGGAAACUCUCCGCUGAAGAACCUACUGGCCGAGUCUCAUCCAUAGCUUUGCGCACACAAGAUGCCGAUUCCGAGUCCGCACUCAUAUCGAACCUACGAGAGCUUGCCGAUGCAGUGACGUUAAAUCAGCGUGAUUUGCUGGAAACUGCGCAUGCGGAUCGAAUUGUUUUCACGGCUGACGACGUGCGACGUCUACUGCCGCUCUGUCGAUCUGCAGACGAGAGUGCGGAAAUCCUACAGGGGCUGUGCGACUGGGCUUCGCGUGUAGAUAAGGGCUUGGAGGAACUACAAAGCCACACAACAAGUCCACCAGGAGGUCCUAGAACAAGAGCCGUGCCUUUUUUGCUUGUUGCGUUUCUACCGAUCGCAAGGUUGCGAGAUACUCUUACGUCGCAGCGUAGGCAGUUGCUCCCCUGCGUUUUUCCUGUGACGGCUGCAACAAACAAAGCUGAAGGAAACAGCGAUCAACGUGGAGAUGAAACCGAAGAAGGUAACAAGCACCUAACCACUUCCAGUCUCACACUAUUUGCCAUUCGCGAGUCUCUCUUGAACCUAGCAGCAAGAAUCGCUACCACUGAGGCAGCUGCUAUUGCAGCUUACAAUACAAUCAGCAAUGCCAAAGUCGAUGCGGAUGACAGAGCAGCAGUGCGAAUGGCGGCAUUAGUGUGUGCCCAAUCGUUUGCGCCACCUUUGGAAGAUGUUUUUCGAAGUCCUGCGGGAAUAACAAGUCUAGAGCAGCCCAAUAAAGAUGGCUCUACUAAUUCAUCAGCUUGGGCGUCCUGGAAUGCAUCGCUUAGUAGAGCAGUAAGUGCAUCACCAACACCAUCACGGGGAUCGUCUCCUCAAGCUCCUGGAGUGGUUGGCGGUUCUUUCUCGAAGACUCUAUCUCCUCCAAGGGAAAUAUCACCAUUAAGGGUAGGGUAAAGGUGCUUUUGUUCCCGCUUUUUAUGCCUUUCCUAAGGGAGAAAGGCAGAAAAAGCGGGGUCCACGAGCACCAAGACCCUACCUCUAACACCACUCGCGUCUCGUUCUCCACCUCCUGCUCAACAACAGUCUUCGCCAGAUCUUCUUGGAGCUAGAGGUGGACUUGGAGUUGGAGUUGGACGCCAGCCUAGUUGUACAAGACUAUCGACCAAUCUGGAUUAUCUUGUCAGCCCUCACGACGUCCUACCACCAGCUGUGGAUCUACGUCGCUUUUGCGUUAGCAACCACGUCGUUGCUGAUCCGCGACCGCGUUGGGCAUCUACUUCGACAACUUUGGAUCCACCAACGGGCGUCGCUCUGCAGAACCCGUCAAGACCAGGUGUGUUGACACCUGCUGCGCCAAUCCUGAAACUGCCUAUGAAACAAAACUUCACCAUUUUCAAGGCCAGCGAUUUUAUGAUGCCACUUGGUAUUGGUGGAGCAUCUUCUACUGCAACUGGUAGUACUGGUACUGCGAACAAGAAUGAAGAAGAAGAACCUCCACCUAGUAGUAUAGCUGGUCUUCAAGUUCAACAACAAAAAAAACAAGACCAAGAUCUUCUAGUUGUACAACAGCAACAAGCUGCUGUGCUAAGGAAACGGAUUACUGGGCUAAGAGCUAAUCCUUUUGGCAAGCGGCGGACAAAAAGUCCAGUACGGAGUCCUGCUACCAGUCCAAAAAUACGGAGUCCAGGAGGUCGAAUAGUCGAGGAGGUCUACUAUUUUGCUUUUUAUUGUUGUUGAUACAUACUUAAGUAAAUGAACAUGAACAUACAUCAAGAGGGCAUCGACUCUGCUCAUACAAGGGCAGUCAUUGAUUCUGAUUCUUUAUGAAGAUGCAUCAUGAAGAUCAUGAUCUUGUUGAUGUUCAUUCUUCGCAACUGCCUCCAUCUUUUGCAACCCCAACGUAUACCCCAUGACUUCCCCUCACUCAGGUCCCAGAAGAGCACAGCCUUCAUGUGCAUCGAGGCCAUGCGUUGAAGGUUCAUAGGGCUUCUGUUCUAUCUUUAGACACUAGAAUGGAUGCUUCGGAGAUGGAAAGAGCUGUCAGUAUAGGAGGACACCAACAACAACAACAAUCUGGCGUGAGCGGUGCAUCAGUUAUGGUCAAGGAUAGUGAUGAUAGUUUCUCACGUGAAUCAUCGGGAGUCACACGAGUCACGGGGACUAAUAAAUAAGGAUGAUAAACACGAUAAAUGACUAAGUCUAAGACUAUGAUCAACAUCAAGCUACGACUACCUCGUCGGUCCAUGAUGUCCAUUUCUAAUAUUUCUCCUACAGCGAAUGCGAAGACAACCAAGACUUCGCAGGGUGGUCACUCGACCCCGCCUUUUCCUCCGUCCGAUACUGAGGGCGCCACUAGUAGCCGUGGUCUACUCGGCAAGGUGCGUUCUAGUGUCGGCAAAGAAGAAAAACUACAUCAGUUAAAGAUGCAGAGGCUGCAGGAGUAUAUGAAGUUAAGACUUUCCAACUGGUUGGCCUCACAAGUAGACACUAAUAGCUACAUAAGAGGUACCAUGACAUGAAAUAGCUGUAAGUGUUGACGAUUGUUCUUAAGAACUCAAACAUUCUUCUUCUAAGAAAAGCGCCGACUUUGAUGAGUCUCGACUUCGGCUUGCCAGCAGCGCAGCUACCGGCAGAGGCACCAGCUCUGUGGGAUGCACUUCGAGUGAAAAGCGUGGCGGAGAAAUGA